UCACUGUUUAUUUUGUGAUGCUGAGGUGCAGUAGCUUUUAUAUCUAGGCUGGAAAUGUCUUCAGAUGUUUGCCAGUUGUUAGCUUUGACCAUUUACACUUGGACACUGGAUUGGUUUCAAACAACUCACUCUUUCUAGUUUCUCUUUCUGUUUCUGUCUUGUUCUCUUCUAUCUUUCAUUCAAUGCCUUAAUAAUGGAUCUAAAUAAUCUACCUCAAAUUGUACCUUCUGUGAAAACUCUAACUUUCAAUGCUAUGAAAUACAAUGAACAAUAUACUGGUUUAGAUGUCAAACAGCAAAACCAGGUGCUGGAAAGUGAUCAGCAGUUUGAUUGCCAGGUUGAUAAUAUGACUAAGGCUCUUUUGGCAGCCCAGAAUGGUAAUAGUCAAGAGUUUGAUAGACUUUACCUGUGUCAGCCGAAUAUCUUAGAUGCUCAUGAUUCAGUUGGCCAGACUACUCUCCACUUGGCUGCAGCACAUUCUCAUAUCUCCAUAAUGGCAUAUAUCCUUGGACUUGGUGGUGAUAUCAAUAAACAAGAAAAUAAUGGCGAUACAGCACUUCACAUUGCAGUGAAGAUGAGACAAAAUCUCAGUGUUGACUUCUUGCUUUGUCACAGUGCUGAUACAACAAUCUUAAACAAUUGUCAUAUGGCACCACUUCAUAUAGCUGCUGAUAUGAAAGCCAUUAAUAUCUUGCAGACAUUACUGGAAUAUGAUGUUGACCCCAAUUUAAAAGGUCAUCGAAGCUGGACUCCUUUACAUUAUUCAGUAAACAAAGAUCAUUUAGCUGCUGUAAUCUGUCUGUUUCAGAGUGGAGGAGAUUUCUCUAUUGCCAAUGAUAACGAUGUUACUCCAAUGCAACUUGCCGCACAACAAUCAGCCAAUAAUACUUUAGAGUACUUGAAAAAGAAUGCUCCAAUUGGAUUAUACACAGCUUGUGACAUCAAAAACAUUGUGGAUAGCGAGACUAAUGUAAAUCUACGUGUUGCAAUCUGUAACAGUGACCGAAAGAGGGUUUUGAAAUUCCUACAAGCUGGCUGUCCAAUUGAUGACUUAGAGGAAGAUUUCUCUACUCCGGUUCAUUGUGCUUCAUCACAAGGCAAAGUGGAAAUUCUAGAAUAUAUGCAAAAAUACCAACCUGAAAAGUUCUCCUCUGCCAUUUCCAUGGCUGAUCUUCAUAAGAUGACACCACUACAUAGAGCUGCACAACUGAACCAAGCUGCUGCCGUGCACUUCCUACUUGAUAGGGGUGCUGACAUUAAUGCACUGGAUUCUCGUGGCCGAACUCCUUUACUUUUAGCUGCAAGUAAAGGACACUGGGAAAUGGUUCAGGUUUUAAUUAAAAGAGGUGCAAAUUUAUUAGUGAAAGAUGAAAGCUAUCGGAAUUUCCUUCACCUGGCAAUUGAAAAUGGAUCCCAUUUAAAUUUGUUUUGGAAUUCUUUGAGGAAACACAGUAAAGAUCUACUAAAUGAAAGAGACAUAAGUGGUUGGACACCUCUGCAUUAUGCUGCUAAAAUGGGUCAUUUAACUGCUAUUGAUGACUUAAUGAAACUAGGGGCUAUUGUUAAUUUGAAAAACAAUAAUGAACAGUCACCAUUUCACCUUGCAUCCAGAUAUGGUCGCUUUAACACAUGUGUGCGGCUCCUCACGGGUAAAGAUGGAUCUACAAUGUUAAAUGAGAUGGAUAACCUGAAUCAGACUGCUCUUCAUCUGGCUUCUCAGAAUGGUCAUACCAAGCUGGUAUCACUUUUGCUAAGGAAGGGUGCAGUAAUAUAUAAAGACAAUGAUGGUAACACGCCCCUUCAUUUAGCAGCAAAGAAUGGAUAUACACAAACUGCGCGACUACUUUUGGAUAUUUACCCCAAUAUCUUGGACUCUAAAAAUCUAAACAGAGAUACACCCCUUCAUGUCACUGCUGCUGAAGGGCAUGCAGCAAUGGUAAACGUUCUGUUAACUCUCAGAGCCAAACUUGAUUCCAAUAAUGAAGAGAAAACCUUUUUUGAUUACAUUAUUUAUAACAAACAUCAUGAUGCAGCAAUGACAGUAGUUUUACAUGAAAGAUGGGAGGAAUGUAUGGAGCUAUAUUCUGUGUUAUAUGGCUGGCCAAUGAUUGGCCUUGUUCGACAACUUCCUGAAGUUUGUAUGGCUGUCUUAGAUCGAUGCCAGACUUCUUCAAGUCAUCAACCAAAGAGCUAUCAUUUUUAUAUUGAAUUUAACUUCAAACACAUGCAACAUCCAGCAAUUUACCACAAGAAGAAGCCAGCCCAGAAAGAGAGCUUUGGGCCUUUAUCCUGCUUAGUCAUGAUGGCAAAACUUGGAAGAGAAGAUUUACUUUCACAUCCUGUUUGUGAAAACUUUCUUAAAAUGAAAUGGAAUGCAUAUGGCCGUUGGAUCUAUAUCUUCAAUCUUCUCCUGUACAUAAUCUUUCUUGGACUUCUAACCAAUUUUGUAACCACUCAUGAUUCAAUGAUGCAUUACGAUCCAGACUGCAGUUAUGCUCUAAAUCAUACUGUAAAAGUAUCAACAGUUUCUGCUGAUGAUGAAAAGACCAAAGAAGAAAUUGAUGCUUGUAGUUUCAAAGUAAUGCAGACAUUUGAGCUGUCCAUUUUUCACAGUAUCACAAUAUGGUUGAUAACAAUUUUCUGUAUCAUAAAUUUACUGAAAGAAAUUGUACAAAUUAUACAGCAGGGAAAGAGAUAUUUCCGUGAACCUAUAAACAUUUUGGAAUGGAUACUCUACACUUCCACAUGUGUGUUCAUUCUACCAUUUCUAUUUCGGUUGUCACUUCAUUUCCAGUGGGAAGCAGGUGCUUUGGCCAUUUUCUUUGCUUGGUUCAACCUUCUGGUAUUCUUACAAAGGAUUGAGAUCUUUGGUCUACAUGUGGUCAUGUGUCUUGAAGUGCUGAGAACUUUAAUCCAGGCACUAUGUAUCUACAGCAUUCUUUUCAUUGCCUUUGGUAUGGGUUUCUACGUUGUCAUGGCAAAAGAGGAAUCCCAUGCUCAUCGUAGUCCAGCCUUGUCUAUCUUAAGAGUUGGAAUGAUGAUUCUGGAACCAGAGUUUAUGGAUAAUUUCAAUGAGCCAUUUACAGACGACGAUCCAUACACAUUACAUUUCGGCAAUGUCAGUAUUCUAAUGUUGGCCAUGUUCAUGUUAUUCACACCCAUCAUGCUUAUGAAUUUGCUGAUCGGCCUGGCUGUUGGCAAUAUUGAUGCUGUCAUCAGAGAUGCACGAUUAAAAAGAUUGACAAUGCAGGUAGAAUUACAUGCCGAUUUGGAAAGCAAACUACCUCGCAGAUUUAUCCAGAAAGUCAAUAAAAUGAUUUAUCGCAUCUAUCCCAACAGACUGAAAAUUGUAAAUGAAGAUGCAGAUGCAGGGCAAUUGGAUGCUAAAUUAGCUAGUUUGGGCCGUUCAAUUGCACAGAAUGCUUACCUUUAUGAUGAAAUGCACCAACAAAAGAAAAGAUUGCGAGAUAUCACAAACAGCAUAAACAAACACUAUGAACUUCUUCGACUCAUUGUUCGCAAGAUGGACAUUAGCACAGAGGAUGACCACAAAGAUGAAGGUGUAGAUACAAGUGUGGAGAGUGACAGUGAAUCAGGGGUUGAUAACUCUCAUGUAGUCAAUGGAUGGUCAUCUGAUUUAGUUCGAAAUAAUUUGUUAAAACGAACGGCUGCUUUGUCUUACAAGCAGAACAAAAACAUGAAGAAACAAAACUGAUUUGUGAUUGGUGUUCAUUUGAAAAUUUCAAGGGUUAGCAUUGGAAAAUAUCUACCCUAAGACAUCUUGCAAACGAAAAUCAGGGAAUAUAGAGAAUUGAGCAGUCAAUUCUCUUAAAGAUGAUACUGAGAAAGAAAAUAUGAAUAAAUAAAAAUUAUUCAUUUAUUAAUUGUGCUACUUUAACAAAGAAGAGGGAAUAUAUAAAUUAUAUAGGAGAUAUAAUUAGAAAUAGAUGUUAGAGGUUGCUAUUUUGGGAGGGCUCACUACAAAGAGCUGAGUUAAAAUUUCAUGUUGAUCAGGUCUUUAAGUUUUGCCUGACCGUUUACUCAACAAAACAAAAGUUAAAGUACCAGUCAAUAUAAACUUUACAAUAAUUUGGAAUAGAAACAUGCUAAGACUAAUCAUGAAUAAAUCUAACUGAUCAUCAUUUUCAUCUAUUAUUUCAUUCACACAAAAAGAAGCAUCCUAAGGAUAUAAAUCAAAUCCAGUACCAGACAGGGGCUUUAUUUUAUUUACCUCAGAAUGAAAGGCGAAGUAAACCUCAGUAGUAUUAGAACACGGGAAACAAAGGAAUAUAAUUACUGUAGUGUUGCUAUUAGUAUUUAGACACUAAAACAUAAUCCGUAAUUAUUUGAAGAGGGAUUGUGCUAAUGUCACUUUCAUAGAAGGCCUGGGAUGGCUAUGGACAGAACUCAUUUAUCAAACUAGACCUUUAAAAUUACUUUAAUGACUGGAAUAAAAUUUUAAGGAAACCA